GGGCUCGCGCGCGCGGCGGGGCGACGCGGCUGCCGGCCGCCUGGCUCGGCUCGGCUCGGCAGGCAGGUGGAGGGGGAGCAACAAGUCCGGCGGCGGGGGGGCUUCCCGCGCCGCAAGCCUCUCUGACAAGUGGCAAAACGAUCGCAGAGCACACUAGUCCGUCCGAAGGGCGUUCCUGCGGGUGGGUGCAGGAGCGGGGGGCUCUCCCCGCGCCCGGCCCGGCCGCCUGCUCGCUGCCCGGCCGGCGCCGCGGCGCCCCGCCGCCCCCCUGCCGCGGGCUGCCUCGCCACCCGCUCCCGGGCGCGCCGGGGAGGCUGGCCAUGAAGGCUCCGGUGCGCGCCACCUCUUUGCCUUGAAAGUGUGUAGCCCGGCUGCCGGCUUUUCUUGUAUUCAUUGCGGGUUUUUUUUCCUCCUUCUUAUUCCGCCUUUUUAUUAUUUAUCUUGUCGUACUUUGUUAUUUUUGUUGUUGUUGUUGUUGCCGCUGUUUGUAAACUAAUUGCCUCCAUGGGGGGCGGAGGAAAGGAAAUAAAAGCUGUCGCAGCUGAAGGGUGCAAAAGCAUGCUGGGGAAGAGCCAAGAAGCCACAGGACGGGAUGGCAGCGGCAAGCUCGGCUGCGGCGGGGACCGCUGCCCGGGCCGGACCGCGCCGUGCGGCUCGGCGCUGGCCGCGCUCCUGUCGGCGCUGGCGGCGGCCUCCUGCGUCUACCUGGGGGCGCGGACCAGCGACCUCCAGGCGAGGGUCUCGGCCAUCGAGGGCGCCCGCGGGGGCCUCUCUGCCGCCGCUCCGCUCCCGCCGCUGCCCGGCUUCUCCCUGGAGCAGCUGAACGCGAUGAUGCAAGAGAAAGUGGAGCGACUCCUGGCCCAGAAAUCCUAUGAGCAUUUGGCAAAAAUAAGAGUAGCGAGAGAAGUACCUCCAGAAUGCAACUGCCCACCAGGUCCUCCAGGGAAACGAGGUAAGCGAGGCAGAAGAGGAGAGACUGGACCUCCUGGUCUACCAGGGCGAAAUGGCUAUCCGGGUCCGAUUGGUAUGGAUGGAAAGCUGGGUCAGCCUGGUCCUCAAGGCCCUCCUGGUCCAAAGGGCGAGAAGGGAGAUCAAGGUGAUCAGGGCCCUCGGAUGGUGUUUCCUAAAAUCAAUCAUGGGUUUCUCUCUGCUGAUCAGCAGCUCAUUAAACGCCGCCUCAUUAAGGGGGACCAAGGACAAGCUGGACCCCCUGGGCCUCCAGGGCCUCCAGGACCCAGAGGUCCCCCAGGAGAUACUGGCAAAGACGGUCCUCGAGGGAUGCCUGGCAUACCGGGGGAGCCAGGAAAACCAGGUGAACAAGGAUUGACAGGACCUCAGGGGCCUGCAGGACAAAAGGGUUCUGUUGGAGUGCCUGGUGUUCCAGGGAGAGACGGACAAGUGGGUGAACCAGGUUUGCCUGGUAUAGCAGGAGAGAAGGGAGCAGCAGGGCUUAAGGGUGACCCUGGAGAGAGAGGAGAAAAGGGUGAUGCUGGAGAACAUGGACCCAAGGGUGACACAGGAGAAAAGGGUGACCCUGGUUCUUCUGCUGCAGGAAUUAAGGGUGAACCUGGUGAAUCUGGACGGCCUGGACAAAAGGGUGAACCAGGUCUUCCUGGGCUUCCUGGACUCCCUGGGAUAAAGGGUGAACCAGGUUUCAUUGGUCCACAAGGAGAACCUGGGUUACCAGGGCUACCAGGAACAAAGGGUGACAAAGGGGACUCAGGCCCCUCUGGGAAGGGUGAGCGAGGUGAACCUGGAGUUCCUGGACCAAAGGGGAAAACAGGUGAACCUGGAUCUAGAGGCCCGAAAGGGUCAAAGGGUGAUACAGGUGGCAAAGGUGACACAGGAUCUGUAGGUCCACGGGGGCCACCUGGACAGAAGGGUGAUCAAGGUGCAACAGAGAUAAUUGAUUAUAAUGGCAAUAUCCAUGAAGCUCUGCAGAGGAUUACCACCCUAACUGUCACGGGUCCACCAGGACCACCAGGACCCCAAGGACUGCAAGGGCCAAAGGGUGAACCAGGAUUCCCAGGAACUCCAGGAGUUGAUGGGGAACAGGGUCCUAAAGGCUCAAAGGGGGAUACAGGUGAACCUGGAAUGCCUGGAGAAAAGGGAGGAAUUGGACUGCCUGGCUUGCCAGGAGCCAAUGGUAUGAAAGGCGAAAAAGGAGAUAUUGGUUUGCCUGGUGCCCAGGGCCCUUCGAUCAUAGGACCACCUGGACCGGCAGGGCCACAUGGUCCUCCAGGCCCUAUGGGACCUCAUGGACUGCCUGGCCCAAAGGGUGAACCAGGGUUAAAUGGUCUUAAAGGAUUGAAGGGUGAAGCAGGUCAAAAGGGUGACAGAGGGCCCCUUGGUCUUCCAGGAGCAUCUGGCUUAGACGGAAAGCCAGGACCCCGGGGUAUAGAUGGCCCAGCUGGUCCACAUGGCCCUGCAGGUCCUAAAGGAGAGAGAGGUGAAAAGGGAACUGUAGGUGACCCCGGACCCAGAGGACCAUAUGGCUUGCCUGGCAAAGAUGGCGAGCCUGGCCUUGAUGGUUUCCCUGGUCCUCGAGGAGAAAAGGGUGAUAUAGGAGAAAAGGGAGAAAAGGGGGAAAAGGGAAAGAAAGGCAAAAAGGGGCCUAAAGGGGAGAAAGGAGAACAGGGUGCUCCUGGAUUAGAUGCACCUUGCCCAUUGGGUCCUGAUGGAUUACCAAUGCCUGGCUGUUGGCAAAAGUGAUGACUCUAACCUUACGAGCAUGAAGUUGUGUAUAUAGUGCUCCACUUUUUGUAUUUAUAAUUGAAAAUUGAAAAUUUGAUUUUACAAGUCUGAGAU